AUGUCAAGUAGUGUUAUGCAGUGGACAGACCAGAUGAAUAACUGUCUUAUCGAUACAUUGAUAGAUGUGGUUGUGAACGGCUGCAAGAGUGCGAACGGACUUAAGAACGAAACGUAUAAAACGGUUGUGGAAAGUGUCAGGAGAGCACUAGGGAUAUCAGUUGUGGAGAAGCAUGUUGGUAAUCGCCUGCGAACACUAAAGAGGUUGUAUUUUGAGGUUCAAGACACCCUGAACGCGAGUAGGUUCGGUUGGGAUGACGACAAGAAGUUAGUUACCGCACCAGAUGACUCACAUCCCUAUGCCCAACAUGUUCGUGGAAAACCGGUAAGAAGGUAUGAUGACCUCGUGUUCUUAUUUGGAAGUGACCGAGCUACUAGACUUCGUGCUACGACUGGAAAUAUGCAUACCCAAAGUGGUACGAGAAAGUCUCGUGAUGAUGAUGUUACACCGACUGCAUCAGUUGAUCUUAAUGACGACACACUUGUUCUGUCAAGUGACAAUGUUGGAGAUGGUGGACAUAACAUCCAAUGGUCAUUUCAAAGUUACGAUGAUGCGCAUAUUGCAACCAGAAGUCUGAUUCACAAUGGCAACAACUCCGCCAACACGGGCAGCAUAACCAAUUCUAGGAAGCGAGCCAAAUUGGAACGCCCAUGCAACGUAAUUGGCAAAGGGAUGAGUGAAGUGGCAGAUGUUGUCAAGUCUCUGAUGUCAAAAAGUUGUACGUUGUCUUCGACGGACGUCGUCCCGGCAUUUACCACAACUGGGAGGAAUGCCGUUAGCAGGUGGACGGGUAUUCCUGUGCCCGCUUCCGUGGAUACAAAUCCACGGAAGAGGCAUUAG